CGGUAGCUGCCGGAAGCGGCCGGCUCGCGGAGUGAUGAGGUGCGCUUGGGCCAGCGGCCGCAGGUGGGGCUUGUUCCCGCUCCUGCCUCCGGCCCCGCUCCCGCUGCUCCCCCGGCCUCGGAGGGGUUUUGCUGCCACAUUCAUUAGGAAGUCAUAUGAUGUCAGAAGAGUUGAAAUCACUCCCCUGGAGCAGAGGAAGGUAACUUUUGAUACCCAUGCUUUAGUGCAGGAUCUGGAAGCCCAUGGCUUUGGGAAGGAACAAGCAGAGACCAUCGUAUCAGCAUUAAUAACCCUGUCGAAUGUCAGCUUAGACACAGUCUAUAAGGAUAUGGUUACACAGGCUCAGCAGGAAAUAACUUUACAGCAGAUAAUGGCACAUUUGGACUCCAUUCGAAAAGACAUGGUCAUCCUGGAGAAAAGUGAAUUUGCAAACUUGAGAGCAGAAAAUGAGAAAAUGAAAAUUGAAUUAGAUCAAGUUAAACAGCAGCUAAUGAAUGAAACGGGUAAAAUCCGAGCUGACAGCAAGCUAGACAUAAACCUGGAAAGGAGCAGAGUGACAGAUAUGUUUACAGAUCAGGAGAGGAAACUGAUGGAAGCAACUACAGAGUUUCAUAAAAAAGAUACAAGUACCAACAGUGUUAUCUCAGAAAUCAGUAAUAAAAUUGACACUGAAAUAGCUUCCUUAAAAACACUCAUGGAAUCAAAUAAACUCGAUACAAUACGUUAUUUGGCAGCCUCAGUGUUCACUUGCUUAGCAAUAGCGCUGGGAUUUUACAGGUUCUGGAAAUAGAUCCAAAUGGAAUGACUGCAUCAAAUACAGGAUGAGAAAAGGCCACCCAGGCAACAUCAGUUCGAUGAUCAUGUUUGCACUGUAGAUAACCUUGGUACCUUUUUGGUUUUGAUAUUCUUACUGUGCACUAGAAGUGUUUUCUGAUAUGUAACACUAAAGAUCAAAAUAACUGGGCGGGUGGAUUAGGCAAAUAACAAUAUUUCAUUGUCCCCUAUUGAAGACUAUUUAUUUCAAAGGGCUUCUUACACUAAAUCAGAAACUGUUUCCUAAUGUGUUUCAGAAUUAAUUUUGUUUCCUGUUUGGAACAUUCUCACACUCAGCUCCUCCUGAACUGGAAAUAUUAAACAUUUAACAGGCCCUUGAAAUGGGAAUGCUAUUCCCAAGUUAGUGUUCCCAAUGUGAGAAUACUAAUGCCAAAUUCCAACAGAUCUACUCUGAUCCAAGUAAAUUAAUCUUAAAUAUAGGAUCUGUACUUUUGCAUUCAGUCUGUUCCCCUCUUUUCUGACUGAUUGAAGCCUGCCCCUUUGCGUUUUUUUUAUUUAUAUAUAAGCACACACUCAUAGGCCUUUAUUAAAGAAUCCUUGGUUUUCCUGAAAACUGGUUUACAUAAAUUUGAAAAUCUCAUGUAGAACUAAAAUGUCUCCAUAGGUUAUUUUUUCUUUUCUUUUUUAAGUAUCUUUUGCAAUUUUUGUAACCCCAGAGGUCAAGAGAAUGGGAGAACAUCUCUGUCUUCCCAAGGAGAAAUGCCUCCUCUCUCAGGAACUGUGUGCAGCCCUGGGGCAGAUAAGUGCUCCUAACUCCUCCCUUCAAGUAGGGCAGGGUAUUUCCAGUAAACCCUUAUUUUCUGGGCAUAGGAUCUGGCUUGUAACAUGGAAAUACUCAGCAUGGCAGUGGUGCCAGGGUGGUGGUGGUCAUCCUCCUCCCAUCUCCACACUCCCCUAGACUGUUCUGUAACCCUGUGGGACACGCUGACACUCCUCACUUCUACCUUCUGCAAGGACUUUGCAACUCCUCUUGCAGAGAUGGGACAUACCAACUGGCCGCCUUCCAAAACUGAAGCAGCUACACCUUAUUGAGUACAAAUACUUGGUUUGAUUCUUUUAAUAAAAUAUUUUUUUAAAAAAAUCUUGUUGGAUUAAACUUUUAAGUGGGCCCUUUGUGGGCUGAAGAGUA